AUGCCGAGGCUGUUGAAUCAGAAUCAGUUUGCUUUUACAGCAGGUCGACAGAUAGCAGAUUGUUCUUUGAUUGCAAAUGAGGUUGUCCGCACAAUGAGCUCAAGACCACAAGGUGGUUUGCUGUUCAAAAUAGAUUUUGCAAAAGCUUAUGAUAAUGUGGAGUGGGAUUUUUUGUUGGAACUACUUCAAGAGAUGGGCUUUGGGGGAAGAUGGAUUGGUUGGAUGCAGAGUUGUAUCUCCACGGCUUCUUUGGCGGUUUUGGUUAAUGGCUCGCCAUCAGAAUUCUUUGCUAUUCAGAAAGGUCUUCGUCAAGGAGAUCCUCUAUCGCCGUUAUUGUUUAAUAUUGUGGCUAAUGGGAUGUCGUGUAUGCUCAAUCAGUUGCUUGGAGGGGAGGCACCAUGUGGGGUGGAGGUGGCACCGGGACUCCGUUUGAAUCACUUAUAG